GGCCCCGUAUCAACAUGACCAACAGACAAUAGCACAUGGAUUUGCCUUCCGUUGUUAGAGGCAAAAAUUCAGCUACAUCUCAAAGCCUCUGUCCAGCCUCUUGUAUAAAUAAUCCCCCUUCCAUAAGACUUUUCAUCAUCAAUCACAAGCAUUAUCUAUUCAGCUACCAAACGUCUCUAACUUGCUUGUUAACAAUCUUCAAAAGCAAAAAAAACAAUGCUCAGUGCUAAGAAGCUCAUCAAGUUGGCUAAGAAAUGGCAGAAGUAUGCAGCCAUGCAGAGGAAGAGGAUUUCAAUUCCAAUAAAUGGAAAUGAUGCAGACAGUUGUAGUACAUCUUCAUCAUUUGUAGCCGGAAAAGGCCAGUUUGUAGUAUAUACAACUGAUCACGGGCGCUUUGUGAUUCCAUUGCCUUAUCUGGAAAAUGAGCUCAUUUUGCAACUUUUAAACAUGUCAGAAGAAGAGUUUGGUCUUCCAAGUGGCGGCUCUAUUACAUUACCGUGUGAUUCAGCUUUCAUGGACUACAUUGUUUCACUAAUCAAGAAAGGUGCAGCUGCUGGAGAUCUUCAUAAAGCAUUGCUCCUAUCGAUUAAUUCAUGUUGUUGUUCAACUUCUUCUUUGCACCAAGAAUUGGGGAACCAACAUCUCCUUGUUCAUUAGUCAUGAUCAUUAACUUAGUAAAUGAUAGUUCCAAGUAGAUUGUAUAAUAGAUGAAAAGUAGGCAAGUGUAGUUGUGUAGUAUAGAUGGAAUAGAGCUUUAUCUGAAAUUUAACACUGAAGAGUUCAAAAUUUA